AUGUCGGACCAGCUGCUAGAGCAGGUGCGCGAUGCAUUCGAGGGCCAGAUUGACUUUGAGGGCCAGCGGUUGGCGGAGAUGCUGACCACAGUACUGUUGGGUGCUGCUGGUAUCAUAGCCUUCCUCGUCGGCUACUUCACACAGGACAUCCGCAUGACCCUCUAUGUUGGUCUUGCCGGCACCGCGCUCACAUUCCUCGUCGUCGUUCCCCCGUGGCCCUUCUACAACAAAAACCCCGAGGACUGGCUGCCAGCGAGCAACGCGAAGCAAAGCUUCAAUGUCGACGUCGACGGACAGAAGGUUGGUUAA